UACUUUUAAUAAAUCACUCAUUAAAUAUGAUUUUCAUAUUAUAAUGUAAAUGAAGCUACUUAACUGAACGACUGAAUCUGAAAAAAAUAGAAAUUAUUUACAUGCUAUCGACAUUGGACAUUACUUAUGACUCAACAUAUUAACCCCAUGUAUACAACAUGGCGACCAAUGCUUAACGUGUAUAGGUGUAGUUUAUAAUGAGAAGAUUUUAUAUCACGUGUAUGUAAUAAACAAACUUAUAAUAGUAAACAUAUAAGUAAAAUACUUAAUUGCUGAAAAAUGUCUUGCACAGCGAUUCAUAAAGUAAAGAGAGCAUCAAAAUUAUUUCCACAAUUCAGCAUUCCGUUAAAAUCGGGAAAUGUUUCAAACAGUUCUGAAUAUUUAAUUAAAUAUGGAUUUAUGACACCUGUGAGCAAUGGCCUGUAUGCAUAUUUACCCAUAGGAUUACGUGUUUUAAAUAAAUUAACAAAUAUUGUUGAAAAUGAAAUGGAAAACAUAGGAGCUCAAAGGGUAUUACUUCCAGCUUUAACACCUACAAAUUUAUGGCAGAAGACUGAAAGAUUUGACACUAAUAAAACAGAAUUAUUUACUGUUCUUGAUAGACACAAUAGGCAGUAUAUACUUAGUCCAACAUAUGAAGAAACAAUUUGUGACUUAAUUAAGUCCUCAGGAUAUAUGUCUUUGAAGUUACCUUUGAAAUUAUAUCAAAUUUCUAACAAAUGGCGAGAUGAAAUUAAACCAAGAUUUGGGUUCCUUAGAAGUAGAGAGUUUAUUAUGAAAGAUCUAUAUACGUUUGAUGCAACUUUAGAUGAUGCAAAUCAAUCAUAUGAAACAGUAUGUGAAGCAUAUAGUAAUAUAUUCAAAACGUUAGGGAUAAAAUUUACUAAAGCUAUUGGUGACACAGGAAUUAUUGGAGGUUUAAAGUCCCAUGAGUAUCAUUAUACAUGUGAUAAUACCGAUGAUAUUAUUUGUACAUGUUCAGCAUGUCAAUACGCUAUUAACAAAGUUAUGUGUAAAGAAUCCAAGUGUCCUCAAUGCAGUAAUACAUUGUUGGAACAAUCUACUGCUGAAGUAGGACAUACGUUUUUAUUAGACACAAAAUACACUGAACCUUUGGGAGCUGUAUACAUGCAACAGAAAUUGAAACCUUUAGUAAUGGGAUGUUAUGGACUUGGCUUAAGUCGGAUAUUGACAGUUGUGGCUGAGAAAUUGCGUACAGAAGAAGGUGAACUUAGAUGGCCAAAGAGUUUGGCACCUUAUACUUUGUGCAUUAUAACACCAAAGUCUGGCAGCAACGAAGAGGGGGCAAAUCAAUAUCUGAACCAAAUAUUAGAGAUUGUAAAUCAAUUAAAUAUUGAAACUAUACUUGACGAUAGAACAAAGUUGACUAUUGGAAAACGUAUGAAACUGGCACGUCUUGUUGGAUAUCCAUAUGUUAUAGUUCUUGGUAAAACAGCUAUGAUGUCACCACCAACAUUUGAAGUUCAUAACAUAAAUGAUUCGUCAUCUACGGAGUUAAGUUUGGAAAGUAUAGCUAGUUACUUUGAAGCAGAAAAUAUGAAAACUUAAUAUAUUUUAAAUUCCUUAUCACCUACAACACCAGGAACAAUAACCCGUAUAGGAAAACCAUGAUCUCUUGGUAUUGAUUGUCCAUUCAUUUCAUAAGCUAAAAUUACGUCUGCUCUGGGAUCCAUAGCUUUACUGAUGGGUAUACUUGCACCAUAUGGUGUACCAGAAGGAUCUAGAUCAUAU